AUGUCGACGAUCGCCCGGCGCGCCCGCCGUCGCCCACUGCUGCGUGCGCUCUACAGCUCCACCGGCACGGGAAGCGGCGGCUUCUCGUACCCCGGCGCGCGCUCGCUCGAGCAGCUCGUCAAGCUCGAGCGCCUCCGGCACGAGCCGCCGGCGCAGAUUUGCCACCUGUGGCAGCGCUUCCACGCCGACAAGCGCGACGCCGCCGCGACGACGCUCGUGGCCAGUGCGUAUCAGGAGCUCCUCCGGCGCGCAGCCGCUGCGCCGUACCUGCUCGUGCCCGUGUACCGCCAAGAGGGGUACGUCAACCUCUUGAGCCAGUUCCAGCAGUCGUGUUUCCUGGUCACGUCUUUGGAGGCGUUCCAAGCGGACGCGGGCACGGCCCAGCCGUGUGUAGCCAUCUCGCUCUACGACGACUUGCUCGCGGACAAGGGCUUGACGCUGCUCCGGGCCGAUGUGCUGCACAUGGUGGACAAACCCGAGUCGCAGCUGGUGCUGGAGCAAGUGCUCCGGUGCUACACGCGCGACGAGCUCUACGCUCACGUCGACAUGCUGAACAACAGGCCGAACGACUUUGACUUUGAAGCCUAUCGGCUCGUGCUCAAGACCGACAGUGAGCAGCACUCGACACGCGAGUAG